AUGUUACUACUGAUUGUUCUUCUCCUCGGAACGCUUAUCUAUCCGAUCGAAAGUUUAACGCCAAUGCCGUCGUCGAACGCCAUCGAGUCCGAACUAACUAUGACAACAUCAACAAAACCACAUACGCAUAAGAAGAAUGAGCAACCAAUCGCGAUCGAAGGACGCUUCAUCAUAGCAGAAGGCAACUCUGAUCAUUUGUUUCAUCCAUCAGAUUUCAUUAAAGAAGAAGCUGUUCAAUGCGUGGAAGGUGACACUAAGACUACAAAGAAUGACUGA